AGUUACGUAUAUCCGGGAGGACCCACGGUUUACAAAUGAACAGUGGGAAAAAUUGAACAGCUGAGCUGUGCACGUUUUGUUAAACGCAAAUAUGUCUGUAAAAUUAAACGCCUUGCAUAGUGACUCAUACGUUGACAUAAGUCAGUACAGAGACCAACAUUUCAAGGGUAACCGUGUGGAGCAGGAGCGUCUGCUACGCCAGAGCAACACGCUGUACGUGGGCAACCUGUCCUUCUACACCACCGAGGAACAGGUGCAUGAGCUCUUCUCCAAGAGCGGCGAUGUCAAGAGAAUCAUCAUCGGCCUCGACAAGGUGAAGAAGACGGCCUGCGGGUUCUGCUUCGUAGAAUACUACUCGCGUGCGGAUGCAGAGAAUGCCAUGCGCUUCGUCAACGGAACGCGACUUGACGACAGAAUCAUCCGUACGGACUGGGACGCCGGCUUCAAGGAUGGACGCCAAUACGGCAGAGGAAAAUCAGGAGGACAGGUGAGGGAUGAGUAUCGUCAGGACUACGACCCGGCUCGAGGAGGCUACGGCAAACUGGCGGCCCAACACCAGGGAAGCUCAGAGGGACGACAGACAUUUUAGAGACACACACAGACACACCAGGGACGGAAGACAUUUUAGACUGGAGACCACACACACACACACACCCCAAGUAUUUUAGACCUUUACACCUGCAAACAAGGUGGCCGAUGGUGUGGGGUGGGGGUGCAUUGUAGGAGACCAGGAAGCGGUUAGGGGUUGGGGAGGGGGGUUGUAAGGUGCCUAGGAUGGUAACAUUUUGGGUGGAGAUUGUUUUUCUGUACAGUAAUGUUUUCACUUUUUAUGAAUAAAACCCAAAAUAUGUUUA